AAGUGUAUUGUAUUUAUACUUAUAAUUAGUUAUAAUACUACAAUAAUAGUUAAAUCAUUACCUCUUAACUUUGAGUAAAAUGAAUAAACUAUUAAUUGUCACAUUGUUGACACUAUUUGGUGGAAUAAUAGCCAAUUAUGAGUGUCCACCUAACCCUGAUAUAUUUCUACCAUGUGAAUGCCUUGUCAACCCCGGUAUACUGCCCUUCUACAGAAGCAUUUAUUGUAAGGGUGACCAACCAAUCAAUCUGACCGCCCUUUUUCAGAGACUGAGCCAUGAAUUAAAAACCGAUGAAAAAGAUUACCUCUAUUUCUCGCUAUUUAACAAAGCGGUGGACGCAUUGCCGGCCAAUGUGUUCGCUGACAUCACAUUUCAAAAUGUUGAGUUAGAUGGUAAAAAUUUGACCAAGGUACAUCGCUUAGCUUUCAAUGGAACGCAGAAUACGUUGAAAUACGUAUGGUCAUCUAGCCCGUUAAUUGUUGAUGAGGAAGGUGAUUGGGACGUAUUUAAGGCGAUUAACCAUGCCUAUAAUUUAAGUAUCGUUUACCUCGAGUCUACUAAUUUGACGAAGAUACCCGACAAUGCCCUACAAUCGCACCCAAGUCUGGAAAGGAUUGAGAUUGACUCUUCGAGCCCGUCCCUCACG